AGCAAGUCCUCGAAAAAGGCGAAGGACGCGAAGAAGGACGACGCGCCGAGCAAGUCCUCGAAGAAGGCGAGCCGCGCCGCCGCCGAGGCGGAGCGCGCGCGCGCCGUCGAGGACAUGCUGGACUGCGGCGGCGACGACGCGUCGACGGCGUCGGAGUCGGAGCUGACCACGGACGCGUUCGGCAACACGAUCACGAAGCAGGAGGCGGCGCAGAAGGACGAGGAGGCCGCGGUCCGCGCGGCGGCGAAGGCGCGGCGCGAGGCCAAGGCGGCGCGGUCGGCCCCCGAGCCCGCCGCCGCGCCCGCGGGCCGGCCCCAGUGGCUUAUCGACUACGACAAGGUCAAGGCCAAGGCCGCGGCCGGCGGCAGGCUCAGCGGCAAGGAGAAGAAGCUGCUGAAGCGCGGCGAGGCGCGCGAGGCCGAGGAGGCCGAGCUCGGCCUCACGGGCGAGGACGCCGACGCCGCGCCCCUCGACGCGCGGCUCGCGGGCUUCUCCCUGACGCUGCCCGGCGGCGGCGCCGCCGCCGACGACCGCGGCGUCGACGUCGUCGUCAAGGGGUUUAGCAUUUCCGCGCCGGAGAAGCCGCUCUUGGUCAACGCGGACCUGACGCUGAGCCGGGGCCGCCGCUACGGCCUCAUCGGCGCCAACGGCCGGGGCAAGUCCACGCUCCUGCGCUUCCUCGCGGCGCGCCGGCUGCCCGUGCCCGCGUCGCUCGACAUCUUGCUCGUCGAGCAGGAGGUCGCGGCGUCGGGCGGCCGCGUAUUGGACGAGGUCCUCGCCGCGGACGAGACGCGCGCCGCCCUGCUGGACGAGGAAGCGACCCUCUUCGCGGCGCUGGAGGCGGAGUCCGGCGACGUCGCCGCCGCGGCCGCGCGGCUCGCGGCGGUCGCGGACGAGCUCGAGGCGACGGACGCGGACGGCGCCGAGGCGCGCGCGCGGCGGAUCCUCUGCGGCCUCGGCUUCACGGAGCGCAUGGUCGAGGGCCCCGUGAAGGAGCUCUCCGGCGGCUGGCGCAUGCGCGUGAGCCUCGCGCGCGCGCUGCUCGCCGCGCCGCGGCUGCUGCUGCUGGACGAGCCGACGAACCACCUCGACCUGGACGCGGUGCUCUGGUUGGACGGCUACCUGACGUCGUCCUUCCCGGCGACGUCGACCUUGCUGACCGUGAGCCACGACCGCGACUUCCUGGACGAGACGUGCACGGACCUGGACUUUGCGCUCCAGCAGAAGGCGCUCAAGGAGGAGCGCGCGAAGCACCCGGCCCUCAAGGCCGACAAGCUCGAGGCGCGGCUCAUGGAGCGGCUCGGCCUGCCGCGGCUCGCGGAGAAGCCGCGCGAGUACGCCGUCGAUUUCACCAUCGAGGCGCCGGAGAACUGCCGGAGCCUGCCGGGCCUCGCGGCGGAGCUGCGCCGGGUCGGGUUCGCCUACGAAGCGACGACGAAGUCCGGCGCGUUCCGGGGCUUUGAAGAUCUGGACCUCUGCGUGACGCCGUCGACGCGCGCGGCGUUGGUGGGCGCGAACGGCUCGGGCAAGUCGACGCUGCUCAAGCUGCUCACGGGCGCGCUGGCGCCGACGUCGGGCGACGCGUCCGUCGGGCGCAAUCUCGUCGUCGGCUACUACGACCAGCACUUUAGCGAGCUGAAGAAGUGCGGUUCGGGCGACUCCGCCGUCGACUUCCUGCUGAAGACGUACCCGUCCCUCGGCGCGGCGCAGGACGCGCGCAAGUGGCUCGGCAAGUUCGGCCUCGACUCCGCGCGCCACGUCAUGCCCGUCAAGGACCUGAGCGGCGGCCAGAAGGCGCGCGUCUGCUUCGCGUCCAUCGCUCUCAAACGGCCGCACGUGCUGAUCCUCGACGAGCCGACGAACCACCUGGACCUCGAGUCCGUCGACGCGCUCAUCCGCGCGCUCGAGGCCUACGAGGGCGGCGUCCUCGCCGUGUCCCACAGGGCAGCAAAAGAGAGCGAAAUUCCCAACUUCAAAGGCUCAUAUCUCGGCCGGUUUCCACUCGUUUCGGCUGACUUUUGGACGAGCGAUCAUUUCUCGGAGCGCUCUCGAAGCGUGGAUGCUUUUUCCGGAACGCGCGCGCGCGGAACACUCAUGUUGAAUCGACGUUGA